AUGCGAAAUCCAUCUGAUGUUGCUGCCAAUGAGGCAUUGGCCCGUAUGGGCUACAAGAGUGAAUUACCACGAAACCUGAGUAUGCUGAGUAUCCUCGGAUUAUCCUUUGCUAUUAUGGCAGCUCCCUUUGGACUGAGCACAACCCUCUACAUCACCCUCGCCGACGGUCAAUCUGUCACUAUACUUUGGGGAUGGGUAUUCGUCUCCCUGAUCUCAAUCGCUAUCGCCGCAUCUCUCGCAGAGAUUUGCGCGGUCUAUCCAACAGCCGGAGGCGUAUAUUACUGGAGUGCCAUGCUCUCGACGCGCCGCUGGGCACCAUUGAUGUCCUUCAUUGAUGGCUGGUUAACCCUCGUCGGUAAUUGGACCGUCACAUUGAGCAUCAUCUUCUCCGGCGGUCAACUGAUACUCAGCGCGAUAUCCAUCUUCGAUGAAUCCUUUGUCGCCAACGCCUGGCAGACCGUAUUGAUGUUCUGGGCAGUUAUGCUCUUCUGUGCCCUAGUCAACAUCUUUUUCUCGCGUUAUCUCGAUCUCAUCAAUAAAGUCUGUAUCUUCUGGACCGCAGCCAGCGUCAUCAUCAUCCUCAUCACGCUCUUGACAAUGGCCGACAACCGCCGAGACGCCGAAUACGUCUUCGCUCAUUAUGAUGCCUCCCAGAGUGGCUGGCCAGAUGGAUGGGCCUUCUUCGUGGGCUUGCUGCAGGCAGCAUACACCCUGACGGGUUACGGAAUGGUCGCUGCCAUGUGUGAAGAGGUGCAGAACCCCCACCGCGAGGUACCCAAGGCAAUUGUAUUAUCCGUGGUAGCUGCUGGCGUCACGGGCUUGUUCUAUUUAAUCCCGAUUCUAUUCGUGAUGCCCAACGUGCAGAUGCUGCGAGAAGUCGCCAGCGGCCAACCCAUCGGCCGUCUCUUCAAGACAGUUACUGGUUCUGCAGGCGGUGGCUUUGGCUUACUCUUCCUGAUUUUGGGGAUUAUGCUGUUCGCCGGGAUUGGCUCCCUCACGGCUGCCAGUCGCUGCACGUAUGCAUUCGCCCGUGACGGCGCUAUUCCUGGCUUCAAGCUCUGGCGUCGGGUGAACAAAAAACUGGACGUCCCUGUCUGGGCUGUAGUACUCUCGGCGGUCGUGGAUGGCUUAUUAGGACUGAUCUAUUUCGGUUCCACCGCUGCAUUCAACUCCUUCACCGGUGUGGCUACUAUCUGUCUGUCAACUUCUUACGGUUUACCGAUUUUGAUUUCUUUAGUCCGAGGUCGCCGGGCCGUGAAAGAUUCUUCUUUCUCCCUCGGUCGCUUUGGAUUUGCCAUUAAUUGUGUGACUAUUGUGUGGAUUAUUCUGGCUGUCGCUCUCUUCUGCAUGCCUGUCACAUUACCUGUUACACCGGAGUCUAUGAAUUACGCCAGUGUUGUUUUUGCUGGAUUUGCUGGUAUCAGUAUCUUCUGGUAUUUUGUUUAUGCCCGUAAGCACUUUACUGGUCCUCCUGUUAGCAGUGAAGAGGCGCACGCAGCGACGGAGUUUAUGACAGGUACACCGGUGGAUGCAGAGAAACCAUUGGAGACUAUGAAGAAGUUACCGAAUCGAGUCUUUGUUCAUGCCCUUAAUACAGUUAAGAGAAUUCCUCGGACCGGCACUGCGCGACCUCCCGCUGCCGAGCGGUUGGCACUAUAUGGCUUGUAUAAGCAGAGUAUGGAGGGGGAUGUGGAAGGUGUAAUGGAUCGACCGAUUGGGAAUACGUCGGAGGUACAUGCGGAGUGCGAGAAAUGGGAUGCAUGGUACGCUCAACGCGACUUGUCGCGCACCGAAGCCAAACGCCGAUACAUCUCGACACUGAUCGACACGAUGCACGAAUACGCCUCCCAAACCCCCGAAGCAUGCGAGCUAGUUGCAGAGCUCGAGUUCGUCUGGGACCAGAUCAAGUUUAACGCCUCCUCCGAUUCCCCAUUGAAUACUGUUGGUGUCCCGCCCUUAUCGCGCAGUGCCUAUGGGAGUAUCGGGAGCCGAUUGGCUAAAUCGGAGGAAUAUGACCGUCCUGAUCGACGGGAUGGUAGUCGACAGGAUCGGGAUUCUCGGUUACGGGUUCUCAGUCCAGUGAGCCAGCCCGAGGAGGAGGAGUAUUAUCGACGACGGAGGGGUAUAGGAAACGAGGAUGGAGGUCGAUAUAAUGAGGAUGAUGAUGAGGAUGAUGAAGAGUUUGAGGAAGCUCGUGAUAGCUUAUACGAAGAACGAGAUCAAGACCACGAUCACGACCCGGACGCUAGCUCCAACACACAUACAAGUACCGAGGUCUCCUCGCACCGUCCCAAACAUCGACGCAAUCCUGCCUCUGGUAUUAGUACAAACAGCAGUGGAACAGGACUCAUUCCACAUCGCCGAGAUUCCCAUUCCAACUCGGAGCCACCGAAAGACAGUCGCUGGCGCCGCCGUGUCGAGCAGGCCUUGACGAAAAUGACGGCUGAAAUUGCUGCUGUGCGUGAGCAGAUGGAAGCUCGGUCUGUUGCGCAGCGUCGUCGGUCUGGUUUCUGGGCGUGGCUGAAGUGGAUGAUUUGGGUUGCUGUCCGGCAGAUCUUGUUUGAUAUUGCUAUGCUAGGCAUGCUACUUAUCUGGAUGCGGUUGAGGGGAGAUCGUCGUGUUGAGCAGCGGCUUAAGACUGGCUGGGCGGCUGUUAAGGCCAGGCUUGGGAAGUUUAAGCGACUGAAGAUGGUGGAUAUGCCUAUCUUACCAUAA